AUGCUGGAAGGACAGGCCAGAAUCUUGAUAAGUGGUGCCGGUCAAGGAAUCGGGAGAGCCAUAGCAAGACAUUUUGCAUCCAAAGGCCACAAGAUUUUCAUCAUCGACAUCAACGAGGACAGCCUCCGCUAUACAGCGGAGGUACAUCUGAAGGAGCAUGCAGAUCGAAUGGGCUGGGCAAAGUGCGAUCUGCGCAGCGUCGACGAGAUUCGCGCCACGGUCAAGAAGGCUGCGGAAUUCCUGGACAACCGCAUCGACUUCUUGAUCAACAACGCCGGGAUAUCAUCACCGUACUGGAAGGACGGGAAGACCAUGGCGGAUGAAUCCGUACUAGAGCAAUGGCAGGCCUAUGUCGACACCAACCUGACUGGGCCGUUCGUCAUCUCGCAGGCGUGUAUUCCAUACAUGAAGGUCGAUGGACAGGCAGACAGGAUCAAGCAGCCCGGAUCAACCGUCGGCAUGGCAGGACCGUGUAUCGUCCACAUGGGCAGCUUUCGAGCUCUCGUUUCUGAUCCGAACCAGGAAGGCUACGCCGCCACGAAAGCGGGCUUACUAGGACUGACACACAGCAUGGCGGUUUCUUUGCAGACGUUCGGCAUUCGUGUCAACAUGGUCUCGCCCGGUCGGGUCAGGGCAACCCACGAAAGCCGCUCUGGUGACCAAAAUGAAGAGGAAUGGGAGGUCAAGGCAGAUGAUGUUGAUGUCCAUCCCGUCAAUCGAGCCGGACUGCCCGAAGACAUCUCCGAAGCUGUUGAAUACAUGCUCGGAGCAGGCUUUGUGACGGGCCAGAAUCUAGUGGUUGAUGGUGGCGUUACCAAGGUUAAGUGA